UUCAGAUUGUGUAACACUGUAUGUUUACAAAUUAUUAUUGUGCUGCUUGAUAUAGAGCGCUAUUGGAAACAGUGACGUUUGAGCCAACAGGACAUUUUGGAUCUAGACUGUGUGCGUAAAGUGCGCAUGCGUGUUGCAGUUUCACCCGGACGGACUUCUUACGUACAUGUACAGUUCAGAGACAGCAUGGUGGAAGAUCUGAUGAGGCACAAUGGCACAUAGUGUACUUCAUUGUUUUAAGAGGAUAAACUUGCCUGUUCUUAAUGCUUAUAACGAUCUUUUUGUUAACACUCUACGGAUUCAGUCCCGUAGUUAUGCUAGUAAGAAACCAGUAACCAAAGGCAAAGGUAAAGGAAUGGUAAAGGAAGUUUUUAAGGGUCCAGAAGUCUGUAAGGAUCCAGUGAGACUUUGCACACAUGCAAUCGGAGUCAACAUCUUCAAACAAGGCGAGGAUCCUCUUAUUAAACCCAAGGAGGACUAUCCAGAAUGGUAUGAUGGUGUAUUUUACUUUGUGCUUUUAUAAUGAUUUUAUUUAUGAAAGU